AUGGGGACAAAUGCAGAGCGAAGGUUCGUUAACCUCAGGAAACGUCUAGAUCAGCUGGGCUAUCGACAACCGUUGGGAGUGGAGAGUUUACCUUUGGUGGAAAAGCUUUUUAGUGACCUAGUUCAUACAACCGAGAGCUUGCGCAGUGCAAAGUUGUCUGCUGGAAAAACUGAAAAAGAAUGCAGCAAUUAUGAUACUAUUUUGGAACCUUAUAAAACAGAGAAUGCUAAACUUACCAGGGAAAAUAAUGAACUACAUUUAGAAAUUUUAAAACUGAAAGAGCAGUCUGAUCGUUAUAUGAAAGAUUUGAAAGCCUCCUUAAGGAGGGCUGAACAUGAUACAUCUGACUUGAAAUUUCUGAAUAACCAAUAUGUGCAUAAAAUUAAAAUGCUGGAAAAAGAGAACAAGACCAAGACUGAAAAAAUUCAGCAGCUUCAGGAGAAGAAUCUGCAAGCAGUGGUGCAAACACCUGGUGGCAGAAAAAGAAGUAUUCCCUUCAGGCGUCAGCGCAUGCAGAUAGACCAGCUCGUCCCCCCAUCAGGUGUCAGUGCCUACCCAGUUCCUCAGUCAGAGGAUCCUUAUGUCGCAGACCUUCUUCAGGUGGCUGAUAAUAGAAUUCAUGAACUUCAGUCAGAAGUAACAGAACUACAGGAAAAACUGGAGAGAGCUGAAUGUGGAAUGAAAAAUUAUAGCAAACAAGUUGAGCUCAGAGACAAAGAAAUCGAGCGCCUGAUGCUAGCGUUGGAUGGUGGCCGUUCCCAUGAGGUUCUCUCUCUGGAGUCAAGAAGUAAAAGUAAUGAGAAGCUUAUUGCCCAUUUGAAUUGGCAGGUUGAGUAUCUUCAGCAAAAGAACAAAGAACUUGAAAAUCGCGUUCAAGACCUCCUGGACGCUAAACAAAAUGUGACUAGUGAGGUAGUGCAUUUAACCAAUAAAAAUGAAGAGCUGUGUCAAGAACUGAAUGAAAUAGACCACUUGGCACAGCAGUUGGAAAGACACAAGGAAAUAGUGCUUGAGACUGCAGAUAAGGAAUUAGAAGAAGCAAAGAAAGAAAUUGAAAGAAAACAGAGUGAAAUACAGGAUCUACAAGAAACAAUAACAAGGCUUAAAUCAGAUUUGAGCUCUUGUCGUAGGGAAAAUAAGAGACUGAAUGAAGAACUGUUUGGAAAAACAGACGAUAAAGAGAAUCUUGACCUGUUGUUAAACCAGCUUCAACGAGAGAAGAAAAGACUGACAGAAAAAACAGAGAACUUAGAAACAAGAGAACGAGACCUUGUCCUGGAAGUAGAGAGAAUGAGAUUACAAUAUGGUAUAGCCCAAGGAGACAAAACUCCAUCUCGUCUAGAUGCAUUUGUAAAGACUUUAGAAGAUGACAGAGAUUAUUACAAGCGAGAAUUAGAAUAUCUUCAGAAAAUGGUAAAACGAAGGUCUAGCCCAAGCCGCAGGAUUCUGGAGAAGAGUGAAGAGCUUAGAUUAAUGACCAGAGAAAGAGAUGAGCUACGGUCUGUGUUAGACGGAUUUGAAGAACACAUGCUAGAAAUUCAGUCCAGUGUCAAAUUAUUGACUGCAGAAAGAGAUAAAUUAAAUGUUCUUUAUGGGCAGUCUCAGGAUGAAUUGAACAGGAUGAAAAGAGAAGCCAAACAUAACAUAGUUUCUCAAAGUCACGUGGAAGAAGAAAGAGACUUUGCAUUGACUGAUGUUAGAAGACUAAUGGCAGAAAAAGAAAGCCUAAGAGAAAAGUUAAAGAUUCAGCAAGAAGCAGCUAACCUUGAAAAAUCAAAGAUGCAGCAUGAUAUUUCAAAACUGGAGAAAGAAUUUGAGAUGGAAAGGUGUGAACUAGAGACUACAGUCUCCAUCCUGAAAGAAAGAAUAAACUAUUUGGAAAGUGAAUUAAAAUUGAAGUCCAGUAAACUUAUCCAGACUUCUGAUGAUUCUUCUGAAUUUAAAGCUGAGAUUUGCUCACUUCAGCUCUUAAAUGACCAACUCCAGAGGUCUGUUGAAGAUUUACAGCACAGAUUGUCCCUCAAAAAGGAUGAACUUCAGUCAGCUCAAGAAGAAAUUGUCACGCUACAGGAGAAAAUAGAUAGGUUAAACCAGAGGAGCACUUCACAGGAUGAAGCAGUCAAAGUGCUUAGAAGUACUAUUACUGUUUUGGACAAAGAAAAGGACAAUCUUCAAGAAACUGUAGAUGAAAAAACAGAAAGAAUUGCAUGCUUAGAUGACAACAUAGCUAACAAGGAGAAAACAAUUACUCAUUUACGUCUAACUCUCUCUGAGCUGGAGUCCUCAACAGACCAUAUGAAGGACAUGCUGAGCAAGAGAGACCGUGAGAUAUCUAGCUUACAUUGCCAGCUUGAUGCAUCCCAAGUAGAGCUUGCAGAAAUAGGAAGAGUAAAGGAAAUAGCCCUGAAAGAAAACAGACGACUGCAAGAUGACUUAGCUACAAUGGCCAGAGAAAACCAGGCCAUCACUACUGAGCUUGAAGAUGCAUUACGUGAAAAAGAAGAAAUGAAAACCAGAGUUCAUAAUUAUAUAACUGAAGUUUCCAGAUUUGAGUCCUUGAUGGCUUCAAAGGAACAAGAAAACCAAGAAUUGUUAGAGAAGUUCCAAAUGCUCCAUACACAAGCUGAAGACUGGGAAAUGAAGGCUCACCAGGCUGAAGGAGAAAGCAGCUCCAUACGACUCGAACUCCUUUCAGUAGACACAGAUCGGAGACAUCUUCGGGAGAGAGUAGAACUUCUGGAGAAAGAGAUUCAGGAGCACAUCGUUGCACAUCAAGUAUAUGAAUCUCAGAUCUCCUCCAUUACGAAAAAUAUGUCCAAAUUGGAAGAGGAUCUUAAACGUGAAAAUCAGGAUAAAGCUUCUGUGCUGGCAGACCUGACUUCUUUCAGGGAGCUCUGUGUGAAACUUGAGUCUGACAAGGAACUUUUAUCUCGACAGCUGACAUCCAAAAGCAUGGAUUAUGAAAGGGUUCUAGGUGAAUUAGAAGAUAUAAAAUCAGAAGUGGAGUUGCUGAAAAAGCAGUUAUCCAGUGAGAGACAGACAGUUCAGAACCUUGAAAUGUUGCUGGCUACUAGUAGAGACAAAGAAUUUCAGAACCAUUUAACAUCCCAAGAGAAAGAUACCGAAAUCCAGUUACUGAGGGACAAGCUAACACUUGCUGAGAGCAAACUAAGCAGCCAUACUAGAGAGGUUUCCAUACUUCGAAGUAAAGUUGCACAGCUGCAGACAGACUCUGAUGUUUUGAAGAGACAACUGACAACUGAGCGAUUUGAACGAGAACGUGCAAUUCAGGAAAUGCGCCGACAUGGUCUCUCUACAUCAUCCUUACGUGCUUCACCUACUCUCAGUUCGACCUUAAGGUCUCCCUCGCGUUCUCCAGAACGUAGGACAACUGAUCAAGCAGCAGCUGAAAAAAAUGUGAGCUUCAAGGAAUAA